AUGGCCGCGCAGGUCGCCCCCGCCGCCGCCAGCAGCCUGGGUAACCCGCCGCCGCCGCCCUCGGAGCUGAAGAAAGCGGAGCAGCAGCAGCGGGAGGAGGCAGGGGGCGAGGCGGCGGCGGCAGCGGCCGAGCGCGGGGAAAUGAAGGCAGCCGCCGGGCAGGAGAGCGAGGGCCCCGCUGUGGGGCCGCCGCAGCCGCUGGGAAAGGAGCUGCAGGACGGGGCCGAGAGCAAUGGGGGUGGCGGCGGCGGAGCCGGCAGCGGCGGGCCCAGCGCGGAGCCGGACCUGAAGAACUCGAACGGGAACGCGGGCCCUAGGCCCGCCCUGAACAAUAACCUCACGGAGCCGCCCGGCGGCGGCGGUGGCGGCAGCAGCGACGGGGUGGGGGCGCCUUCUCACUCGGCCGCGGCCGCCCUGCCGCCCCCAGCCUACGGCUUCGGGCAGCCCUACGGUCGGAGCCCGUCCGCCGUCGCCGCCGCCGCGGCCGCCGUCUUCCACCAACAACAUGGCGGACAACAAAGCCCUGGCCUGGCAGCGCUGCAGAGCGGCGGCGGCGGCGGGGGCCUGGAGCCCUACGCGGGGCCCCAGCAGAACUCGCACGACCAUGGCUUUCCCAACCACCAGUACAACUCCUACUACCCCAACCGCAGCGCCUACCCCCCGCCCCCCCAGGCCUACGCGCUGAGCUCCCCGAGAGGCGGCACUCCGGGCCCCGGCGUGGCGGCAGCUGCGGGUUCCAAGCCGCCUCCCUCCUCCAGCGCUUCGGCCUCCUCGUCGUCUUCGUCCUUCGCUCAGCAGCGCUUCGGGGCCAUGGGGGGAGGCGGCCCCUCCGCGGCCGGCGGGGGAACCCCCCAACCUACCGCCACCCCCACCCUCAACCAACUGCUCACGUCGCCCAGCUCGGCCCGGGGCUACCAGGGCUACCCCGGGGGCGACUACGGCGGCGGGCCCCAGGACGGGGGCUCCGGCAAGGGCCCAGCGGACAUGGCCUCCCAGUGCUGGGGGGCCGCGGCGGCGGCGGCGGCGGCAGCCUCGGGAGGGGCCCAACAAAGGAGCCACCACGCGCCCAUGAGCCCAGGGAGCAGCGGCGGGGGCCAGCCACUCGCCCGGACCCCGCAGCCGUCCAGUCCAAUGGAUCAGAUGGGCAAGAUGAGACCUCAGCCAUAUGGCGGGACUAAUCCAUACUCGCAGCAACAACAGGGACCUCCAACAGGACCGCAACAAGGACAUGGGUACCCAGGGCAGCCAUAUGGGUCUCAGACCCCACAGCGGUACCCGAUGACCAUGCAGGGCCGAACACAGAGUACCAUGGGCGGCCUCUCUUAUGCACAGCAGAUUCCUCCUUAUGGACAACAAGGCCCCAGUGGGUAUGGUCAGCAGGGCCAGACUCCAUAUUACAACCAGCAAAAUCCUCACCCCCAGCAGCAGCAGCCACCCUACUCCCAGCAGCCACCAUCCCAGACCACUCAUGCCCAGCCUUCUUAUCAGCAGCAGCCGCAGUCUCAGCCACCACAGCUCUCGUCUUCUCAGCCUCCAUACUCCCAACAGCCAUCCCAGCCUCCACAUCAGCAGUCCCCAACCCCAUACCCCUCCCAGCAGUCCACUACACAACAGCAUCCCCAGAGCCAGCCACCGUACUCCCAGCAACAGGCACAGUCUCCCUACCAGCAGCAGCAACCUCAGCAGCCAGCAUCCUCGACGCUCUCGCAGCAGGCUGCAUACCCUCAGUCCCAGUCUCAGCAGUCACAGCAAACUGCCUAUUCCCAGCAGCGCUUCCCUCCACCACAGGAGUUAUCUCAAGAUUCAUUUGGGUCUCAGGCAUCCUCAGCCCCCUCAAUGACCUCCAGUAAGGGAGGACAAGAAGAUAUGAACUUGAGCCUUCAGUCAAGACCCUCAAGCUUACCUGAUCUAUCUGGUUCAAUAGAUGAUCUCCCCAUGGGGACAGAAGGAGCUCUGAGCCCUGGAGUGAGCACGUCAGGGAUUUCCAGCAGCCAAGGAGAGCAGAGUAACCCAGCUCAGUCUCCUUUCUCUCCUCAUACCUCCCCUCACCUGCCUGGCAUCCGAGGCCCUUCCCCAUCUCCUGUUGGCUCUCCCGCCAGUGUUGCUCAGUCUCGCUCAGGACCACUCUCGCCUGCUGCAGUGCCAGGCAACCAGAUGCCACCUCGGCCACCCAGUGGCCAGUCAGACAGCAUCAUGCAUCCUUCCAUGAAUCAGUCAAGCAUUGCCCAAGAUCGAGGUUACAUGCAAAGAAACCCCCAAAUGCCCCAGUACAGCUCCCCCCAGCCCGGUUCAACCUUAUCUCCACGUCAACCUUCUGGAGGACAGAUGCACACAGGCAUGGGCUCCUACCAGCAAAACUCUAUGGGGAGCUAUGGUCCCCAGGGGGCUCAGUAUGGCCCACAAGGAGGCUACCCCAGGCAGCCAAAUUAUAAUGCCUUGCCCAAUGCCAACUACCCCAGUGCAGGCAUGGCUGGAAGCAUGAACCCUAUGGGUGCUGGAGGUCAAAUGCAUGGACAGCCUGGCAUCCCUCCUUAUAGCACUCUCCCUCCAGGAAGAAUGAGUCAUGCCUCCAUGGGCAACCGGCCUUAUGGCCCAAAUGGCCAAUAUGCCACCUCAGGUUGGGUCAGGGAUGUGUCCCCCCCAGGGAGCAUGAAUCGAAAAUCUCAAGAAACUGCUGUUGCCAUGCAUGUUGCUGCCAACUCUAUCCAAAACCGGCCACCAGGCUACCCUAAUAUGAAUCAAGGGGGCAUGAUGGGAACUGGAUCUCCCUAUGGACAAGGGAUUAAUAGUAUGGCUGGUAUGAUCAACCCUCAGGGACCCCCAUAUCCCAUGGGUGGAACCAUGGCCAAUAAUUCAGCAGGAAUGGCAGCCAGUCCAGAGAUGAUGGGCCUUGGUGAUGUCAAGUUAACCCCAGCCACAAAAAUGAACAAUAAGGCAGAUGGGACACCCAAGACAGAGUCCAAAUCCAAGAAAUCCAGUUCCUCUACAACAACUAAUGAGAAGAUUACUAAAUUGUAUGAGCUAGGUGGUGAGCCUGAGAGGAAAAUGUGGGUAGACCGUUAUCUGGCCUUCACAGAAGAGAAGGCCAUGGGAAUGACAAACCUGCCUGCUGUGGGCAGGAAACCUCUGGACCUCUAUCGCCUCUAUGUGUCUGUGAAGGAGAUUGGUGGAUUGACUCAGGUCAACAAGAACAAAAAAUGGCGGGAACUUGCAACUAACCUCAAUGUGGGCACCUCAAGCAGUGCUGCCAGCUCCUUGAAAAAGCAGUAUAUCCAGUGUCUCUAUGCCUUUGAGUGCAAGAUUGAACGGGGAGAAGACCCUCCCCCAGACAUCUUUGCAGCUGCUGAUUCAAAGAAGUCCCAGCCCAAGAUCCAGCCUCCUUCUCCUGCUGGAUCAGGGUCUAUGCAGGGGCCACAGACUCCUCAGUCAACCAGCAGUUCCAUGGCAGAAGGAAGUGACCUGAAGCCACCAACUCCGGCAUCUACACCACACAGUCAGAUCCCCCCGAUGCCUGGCAUGAGCAGGAGCAAUUCAGUUGGGAUCCAGGAUGCCUUUCCUGAUGGAAGUGACCCCACAUUCCAGAAGCGGAAUUCCAUGACUCCAAACCCUGGGUAUCAGCCCAGUAUGAAUACCUCUGACAUGAUGGGGCGCAUGUCCUACGAGCCAAAUAAGGAUCCUUAUGGCAGCAUGAGAAAAGCUCCAGGGAGUGAUCCCUUCAUGUCCUCAGGACAAGGCCCAAAUGGUGGGAUGGGGGACCCCUACAGCCGUGCUGCUGGCCCUGGGCUGGGGAAUGUGGCAAUGGGACCACGACAGCACUACCCUUAUGGAGGUCCUUAUGACAGAGUAAGGACUGAGCCUGGAAUAGGACCUGAGGGAAAUAUGGGCACUGGGGCCCCACAACCGAAUCUCAUGCCUUCCAACCCAGAUUCGGGGAUGUACUCUCCUAGCCGCUAUCCUCCACAGCAACAGCAGCAGCAGCAAUGACAUGAUUCCUAUGGCAAUCAGUUCACUACCCAAGGCACCCCUUCCUGCAGCCCCUUCCCUAGCCAGCAGACCACAAUGUAUCAGCAGCAGCAGCAGAAUUAUAAGCGGUCAAUGGAUGGCACAUACUGCCCUCCUGCCAAGCGGCAUGAAGGAGAGAUGUACAGCAUGCCAUACAACACAGGGCAGGGGCAGCCUCAGCAACAGCAGUUGCCCCCAGCCCAGCCCCAGCCUGCCAGCCAACAACAAGCUGCCCAGCCUGCAUGGCGUGUAAUGAUGUCACUCAAGUCUGGGCUGCUGGCAGAGAGCACAUGGGCAUUAGACACCAUUAACAUCCUGCUAUAUGAUGAUAACAGCAUCAUGACCUUCAACCUCAGUCAGGUUGGAGCAGGAGCCAGAAAAUGA